ACUGAAGAUUCAAUGAAACCCACCAUCCUUAACUUUGAUAUAAAAACUGAAGAACCUUUGGAUCUCAACUGUGAAUACGAAGGAAGUUUCUCAAUACUACCAAUUUAUACCUAAAGUUAAAGAUAUGUUGAAACACCCUCCUACCUCAAACUAUUGCCGGCUCUGUGUAAAAAGAUGCAGUGAUUACCAGCGCAGCCUCUAUGAUGGGACAGGUCAAGCUAAUGCGAAUCGUCAUCUUGUGGGCCAAUAUUUUACCAACGCAGUGUUGAAUAUGGAAUGGGAGCAACAACUUCAAUAUAUCUGCGAAGAAUGUUGGCAAAAUAUCUCGAGGUUCCAUCAAUUUCAACAGUCGGUUAUUGAAGAGCAGAAGAGCCUACAGCUGAAAGAAGUUGGGGAAGUUAAGAUCAAGCCUGAGGAGAAUAUAAAUCAGCAAGAAAUACAACUGGAGUUCCAUAAUGCCAAAGAAUUUAGCGCUAGGACUGAAGAUGUAAUGAAACCUACUGUCCUUACCUUUGAUAUAAAAUCUGAAGAACCUUUGGAUCUCAACUGUGAAUAUGAAGGCCAGUUAACAGAUAAAGAAAUGUCUUUGAUGUCCCAUAUGUCUAAUAGAAACGAAACUACAUCCUUGUUGAAUGACGAUGAAUCCAAUGAUGGUUUUAGCUCAAGUGAUGAUAUGGCCAUAUCAUCUUUGGACCAGACCAACCCUUGCUCUUCAGAUAAAGAAGAUCCUGCCACCAAAAAGUCUGUAAAGGAGUUUGAUGAACUGGUUGCUUUGUGGCGUUCCUCCUUGGAAUGCGAAAUUUGCCAUCAGCUGGUGGCCAGUUAUUCCCAGUUGGAGGGACAUUUUAGAAAAGACCAUGCCUCAGAAGUUUGUUACCUUAUGUGUUGCCAAUUAAAGCUGGACAAUCUUUAUAAUAUCGAGAAACACAUACGCUAUCAUAGUGCCCCGCAGCAGCUUAGAUGUGAGGCAUGUUGCAAAGUUUUCCGCUUGAAGAAAUACUUGAGAAGACACAAAAUAUAUUUCCACACCAGCAAAGGAGGAGAUGAAAAUGCUAAAGACAGCAAGAUGUUGGAAAGGAAAUAUCGUUGUGACAAGUGUUGGAAGACCUUUGCAACGAAAAAGCAUUUGACCGGUCACGAUCGUUAUAUGCAUAAAUCCGAGACAUUGGAUUGUGACAUUUGCGAAAAAUCCUUUAAUCGUCCGUAUUUACUGCGUGAGCACUUGGCGACUAGCCAUAAAGGAGAGAAGAGGCAUGCCUGCCCCGUUUGUCCUGAGGCAUUUACUCAACGAAAUUCUUUCUGCCGACACAUGCGAACAUCUCAUCCCCAGGAAUGGAAGAGGAUGAAAAACGAGUCUGCCCUAAGUGAGACUAUAAAAGGAUAUCGACGAGAAACUAGGGGAGAGAGUACAGUCUAUGUGUGCAUUCAUUGUUCCAAGGAGUAUGACAAGCGAUGCGCCAUGUUUUCACAUGUCAAGAGGUUGCACAAGCGAACAACUCAGCAACUGGCUGACGCUAAUGGUUCAACUAUUCCAACAAGGAAGAAAAAGGCGCAUGCAUGCUCCUUUUGCCCCAAGGCAUACAGCUCACGAUUUUGUUUCAGCCAACACAUGAGAAAAUGUCAUCCGCAGGAAUGGAAGAAGAUGCAAAACGAAGAGGACGCUCUCAAGGGGUAUCGGCGAGAAACUCGGGGCGAGAGUAUUGUCUAUGUUUGCAUAUAUUGUUCAAAGGAGUAUGAAAAUCGAAAUUCCAUGAACAGUCAUCUCUACCGAUGUCAGAGAGACCAUCGACCUAUAGAGCCUAAAAAGGGGUUCCGGCAAGAAACUCGGGGAGAGAGUAUGGUCUUUGUUUGCAUUUAUUGUCCCAAGGAGUAUAAAAAUCAGCGUUUAAUGUACAAUCAUCUCAACCGAUGUCACAAAGACAAUGGACCGUUAGCGGAGCAGGCAGCUAUAAUUUCGGAAACGCCAGUGUCAGCUGAGCAGCAGCAAUCGAUUCAUAGUCGAAGUACUAGAAUUUGCCAAGACUUACAUCAUAGCAGGAUUAUAGAGCCCAAGAAAACUGAUGUAACCAACUCAGCAACAGUUGGUGAUACUUUAAAUGAGCUGACGAAGCAAGGAGAUGAUAAAGAUUUUACUGAAACAAAUGUCUGGGGAAAUGAGGAAAUGGAUGAGAGUGAAAUACCACCGGAAUUUGAAGAUGCUACCUCGGAAAAAGUAAUGCCUAAAGUUAGAGACAUGUUGAAACAACCUCCUCCCUCAGACUAUUGCCGGCUCUGUGUAAAAAGCUGCAAUGAUUACCAGCGCAGCCUCUAUGAUGAGGCAGGUCAAGCAAAUGCGAACCAUGAGCUUGUUGGCAAAUAUUUCACUACCGCAAUGUUGAAUAUGGAAUGGGAGGGACACCUUCAAUAUAUCUGCGGGACAUGUUGGCAGCAUAUCUGGAACUUCCAUCAAUUUCAGCAGUCGAUUAUUGAGACUCAGAAAGAAGCCACUAAAGAAAUUGAGGAAGUGGUUAAGGUGAAAUCUGAAAUGAAUAUAAAAGAAGAACAACUGGAGAGCCAUAAUGCCCUUAGCCACAGCACAGACGAUUUAGUGAAACCUAAUGAAGAACAACUGGAGUGGCAAAAUGCCCAAGGAUUUACUGCUAGCAAGAAAGAUUUAGUGAAACCUACGGCCCUUACCUUUGUUAUAAAGUCUGAGGAACCUUUGGAUUUCAACAGUGAUUAUGAAGGGAUGUCACCUCAGGAGGGCCAGCAACAGUUAGCGUAUGAAGAAAUGUCUGUAAAGUCCCAUAUGACCAGUGGACAAGAUACAUCCUUAUUGUAUGAUGAUGAAACCAAUGAAGAUUAUAGCUCAAAUGAUGAACUGCCCUCAACAUCUUUGGAGCAGAUCAACAACAUUUGCUCUCCGUAUAAAAAAUUUACUGCCACCAAAAAAUCUAUAGAGGAGUUUGAUGAGCUGGUAGCUUUGUGGCGAUCCCACUUGGAGUGUGAAAUUUGUCAUCACCUAUUGGCCAGCUAUUCCCAGUUGGAGGAACAUUUUAGCGAAAACCAUACUUCAGUGAUUUGUUACCUCAUGUGUUGCCAAUUGAGACUGGAAACUCGUUACGAUAUUGAGAAACACAUACACUAUCAUAAUGCCCCGCAGCACCUGAAAUGUGAGGCCUGUUGCAAAGUUUUCCGUUUGUUGAAAUAUUUGAGAAGUCACAAAAGAAAUGUGCACACCAGCAAAGCUAAGGAUAAAAAUGCUAAAGACAGCGAGAUGUUGGAAGAGAAAUAUCGUUGCGACAAGUGUCCCAAGGCCUUUGCAACGAAAAAGUAUUUGACCAAGCACCAAAGUGAUGUCCAUAAACCCAAGAGUUUUGAAUGUGAGAUUUGUGGAAAAUCCUUUAGCCGUCAGAAUGUUAUGCGCGAACAUUUGGCUAGCCACAUAGGCGAGAAAACGCAUGCCUGCUCCUUUUGCCCCAAGGCAUUUACCAGCCGAGCUUAUUUCUGUCGACACAUGAGAACAACCCAUCCCCAAGAAUGGCAGAAAAUGCAAAACGAAGUGCCCCCAAGGGAAACCAUGAAGGGGUAUCGGCGAGAAACUCGGGGAGAGAAUAUAGUCUAUGUAUGCCUUCAUUGUUCCAAGGAGUGUGACAAGCAGACUUCCAUGUACUAUCAUCUGGGACGAUGUCAAAGCCAAGAUAAACCAGUAGAGCUUAAAAAAGGGUUUCGACUUGAAACUCGGGGAGGCAGUGAGGUCUAUGUUUGCAUUUAUUGUUCCAAGGUGUGUGACAAGCCUACUUCCAUGUACCAUCGUUCCAAGCGAUGCCUUAAAGCGGCAAACGCAAAAUCAGUGGAACAGGCUAAAGAUAGCCAAACGACUUUGGAUUCUUUGAAGCUGGGGGAAAUCAUGUCCACAUACAAAUGCCCUAUUUGCCUCAAGCUCUACGGAACGAAACUCAUGCUUCACUCCCACAUAAGACGUAUGCACCAAAACAGUUCCGCAAGCAUCAACCUGCAAGCUCUAAACAGCAUCAAGCAAGAAGUUGAAGAACAAGACAAGGACAAUGACCUUAAUGAGCCAGCAAAUAAGUUAUUGCUAUUUAACUAUCUAAUUGAGCCCACUUCCAAGGGAGCAUUCCGAUGCAAAAUAUGUUCCCAGGAAUAUGAAAGCAAACAUUCCCUAGGCAACCACAUUAUGAGUGAGCAUCCCACAAUAACAAAACUCGAGCAAGAAUCAAUGGCGACCGUCACGAGUAUGAAGUAUGAAGAAACAGAAGACAUGGCAAACAUUCCACUGAAAGAUCAUGUCAUACGCAUGGAUUCUUUUAAACGCUCCCUCAGCGUUGUAUAUAAAUGCAAUUUAUGCCCUAAAACCUAUGAGAAAAAGCAAAACAUGUCGGCUCAUCUGCGGCGGACGCACAAGCAAAGUGUCCUACCUCAAUCCAUUAUAACCAAAUUUCAGGUGCAAGGGAAAGGCACUGAAGAUGCCCCCCGCACCAAGUUUAGAUGUGAGCUUUGUUCCAAGGUGUAUGAACAGCAAAGAUCCAUCUUUUCCCAUGUCAAGAAGAUUCACAAGCGAACUACUCAACCACUUGAUGAAGCUAAUGAUCCAACUUAUACAAAAAUAAUGGCGAGUGUAAAUGUGCCUAACGUGGAAAUUGCAGCCAAGACAAGUGAAGGAACAGUAACGUCACAGCCUUUGUACAAAUGUCCAUUUUGUCCCAUGCAAUAUAAAACGAAUGGCUCGCUUUAUGGUCACACACGACGCAAUCACAAAAAUAAAAUUGCAACCAAUAAGCAGAAGGAACUACGGUUUAGUAACUUUUGUGAGCGCUCUCCUAAUGGUGGACUCCGUUGCAAAAUAUGUUCUAAGGUAUAUGGAAAGAAAUGUACGCUAUAUGCCCACAUUAGGCGUGUGCAUCGCCAUAUGACCACAAAGGGACGACAAGUGGUAGAGGAAAAGCCUGCCAACACCACCACCAUCACCAGUGUUUUGUAUAGAUGCAAAUUUUGUACUAAGGCCUAUGACAAGAUCUAUUUGUUGAACGCUCAUUUACGGCGGACUCACAAAAAAAAUUCAAAACAUGAAUCCUUCUACAUCAAAUAUAAGGUGGGCUCUGAAAAUCCCCCCCACACCAAGUAUAAAUGUAAACUUUGUUUCAAGGAGUAUGACAAUCGUUACUCCAUUUAUAGUCAUGUUAGAAUGAUUCAUAAUCAGGACUCACUUUAUAUUAGAAUUAUAGUGACGAAGAAAACUGAUGAAACCAGCAUAGCAUCAGAUGAUGACACCUUAAAUGUGCUGGACAAAACGGAAGAACAUUCAUUAAUGACCCCUAUAGAGGUUAAAGAGUUGAAAGAUGAAAAUGCAACAACAAGCACUUGUGUAAAGACAAGAAUUUUCAGCUGA